GUUUAGUGUUCAAGUGAAUUAUCAUUGUUUUACGUACCUUGAUUAGCAUGGAGUUGGGCUUAUCUAAUACGUUGUUGGCGGGUGAUCCACGAUUAGUCGAUCACAUCGUCGGGGAAGUUAAGUCUCAAGGGAUUUUCGAUCAAUUUCGUAAAGAAUGUAUCGCUGAUGUUGAUACAAAGCCAGCAUAUCAGAAUUUACGUACAAGAGUUGAAGGAUCUGUAAAUUCCUUCCUUAGCAAACAGUCAUGGAAACCAGAUUUAAACAAGAAUCAGCUGCGAGAAACUUUACGCAAACAUAUACAUGACGCUCCUUACUUGGAUGCUGGUGUAGAGCGUAUAGUGGAUCAAGUAGUGAACCCAAAAGUAUAUUCUGUUUUUAUGUCACAGAUUGAGGAUGUAGUUUAUAAAUUUCUUGGCUUAGAAAGACCCAAAACAAAAGAAAAAAAUGGUGCUUGUGGCCUUAAAGACUUAUUACCUAAGGACUUGGAUCCUGUUUCACCGGAAUCUGAUAAAAAUAGUUUGAAGGAUGUGUCCUUAGAGUCUGUGGAUGCAAUGGAAGAUUUAGAGGCAAAGAAAGAUGAAAAGUUAUCUCAUGAAGAAAGCUUACAAGAAGAUGAGACUUCUAAUGAAAAAAAUAGAGAUAAUGAUUUGGAGAAUGGACAAAUUUCAUCAGAGGAGAAGACAUUAUUCGAAAGUGUUAAAAAUCUUCAUAAGACUGAUAGUAAUUUAAAUUUAAAUACAUCUGGAAAGUCGGAUGAUAAAACAGAAGAGGAGGAAGAAGAUAGUCCUACCUUUGAACCAAUAGAUAUUAUGAAUUUAAAUGAAUCUAAUCUGUCCAAUGAUUCACAUUUAUCAGGAAUAUCGGAAUUAACUAGCCAUCGAUCUAGAAGUCCCGAUUUUUGUAAUGAAUUGUCAAGGGAUAAUUUUGAUUAUAGCAAUCAAGAUUCACAACUAAGCAAAGUAUCUUCUGACUCUCGAUUGUCUAUUGUGACAGACUUUGGAUCUUCAAAUCAUGCAUCAACGCCAAUACAUGAUGCACUUAAAGAGGAAGUCAAUAAAGAUAAGUGUGAUGUAAAAAAUGUUAAAGACAAUUUUAAAGCUGUCAGAGAAUAUGAUUCUAGUAAAAAUAAAAGUAAAAAUAUUUUUGAAUUAAAUAAAGGUAAAGAUGUACAAGAUAUUAAAGAUUCUAAAAGUAGUAGAUACAGUUUAUCAUCUAAAGAAAAUUCUCGUGAUGCUACUGAUAGUAGCGUAAAAGAUAAGUACGAACAUAAGCAUAGAGAGAGAAGCCGGGACAGUGAAUCUAAAUCAAAAUCGAGAGAUAAGAACCACACAAAAGAUGGAAGACAUCAUAGAGAUAGAAGUAGCGACAAAAAGAAACAAAGAAGUCACAACAGUACAAAGUAUGAUAAAUACGACAAGAGUAAGUCUAAAGAGAAAGGUGAUCAACCGAAAGAUGGUAUUGAUAGAACCAAAGAUUCAGAAAGGGAUAGCUACACUAAAGUAAAAGAAGACAAAAUGAAAGAAAUAGACAAAAAAGAUAGCGUUAGUAAAGAAGGAAAGGAUUUAAAAGAUCUCUACAAAGAAAAAAUUAGAGAACUUAGGGAGAAGAAAGAAUUAACAGAAAAAGAAAAGUUAAAUAAAGAUAACAAAGAAGCAAAAUCGAACAAAGAAAAUAAAGAUAAAAAAGAUUCACCAAAAGAUAAAAAAGUUUAUAAAAAAGAUCAUAAAAGUUCUUCUUCCAAAAGUUCUUCGUUGACCUCUAAUGAAAUUAAAACUAUUAAAUCAUCAGACAAGGUUGAUGGAAAAGAAAAACGAAUUGAAUCAAAAGAUAAAAUUAAACGAGAUGAAAGACGUAGUUCGAAAGAUAUAAAGUCAAAAAAUCAUAUAAGUACUAAGACAGAGUCGACUGAAAAAUUAGAGAAACAAGAUGUAAAGAAAAUUAGUAAAAAUGAAAAGGAUGAAAAAGCUGAGAAGUCUGAAAUUAAAAAAGAUAUUAAAUCGAGCAAUGAAAAGGUAAAUGGUAAAAAAGAUAUAAAGAAUCAUAUACAAAAUAAAAGUUCAACACGAAAUGAAAAAUUCGAUAACAAAAAAGAGAGUAAGAAUGAUUCCCAAAACAAAGACAAGAAGCGGAGGGAAGAGAAAAAAUCGAAAUCGAAAGAUGAUCAUUCUAGUUUAAGAAAGAACUCUAAUGAUCGGCGAUCAACUGAUAGGGAUGGUUCAAAUGGGUCUAGUAGUAAAAGUUCACAAUCUAGUAAUUCUAGUUCUAGUAGUGGUGGUAAUAAAUCAAGUACAUCAACCUUAUCCAAAGAAUCAAAUCAUAUGAGCAAUUCUGGUAGUGAAACAUCGGACAAUAUAGAAGAAAUACAUACAAAUGAUUUAAAAUUACCAUUAGAGCAACCAGAUUAUAAAUUGGAUCAUGUAGAGUACAAAACAGAUAAUAGCAGUACUUACGAAGUGCAUGUUAAGCAGGAAUCAGAAUCCAAUGAUGUUAACUUACCAUUGAAGAAACGACCAUUACUUACCGAUGUUAACAAUACUUCAGAAGUGAGAGUGAAGAAACCAAAAUUUGCAAAGAACAUACAUGAAGCUAAGAAAUUAAUGAAAAUUCGAAAGCAAAUAGGGAAGCAGAAGCUCAAAGAAAAUAAAAAGAUAGAGAAGAAACUUCAACAGAAAGUAGAACCUUCGGUACAGUCGAGUUCCGUAAAUAAUGAUAACUUUGAAAGUGUACCAGAUGAGGAACGUGUUCAAAUAAUAGAGAUACCAGAUGAGGAGUACGAAGAACCGUAUCCUGAAAACUAUACUCAUUUAACAUUAGAAGAAAGAUCAAUAAUGAUGUUACAGAGUGAAGCAGUUGCAAAGGAUUUAUUAGAAGUACACUCUGAUUUGAAAAUAAAAUUGUCCGAUAUGGAACUAUGCAUACAGAAAUCAUUAUGUGAAACACUUCCCACGAAAAUAUUAGAAAAGGUAUCUCUACAGCAAGCAACUACCAAUGUGCAAACUGGUACCUCCAAUAAUGAAAACAAGAACGAUUUACAAAAUGAAAAGUCUCCAUCAACAAUGAGAGAAACAACAAAAAGCAAUAUACUAGAGUCACAAAGGGCACACGACCUCAUAGGCAUGCAUUCUGAAAAAAAGGAAGUGAGGCAAGAAGUUAGCACAUUUAAACUAGAAAAAAGUGUAACUUGUCAAGAAGGAAAUUCUUCAUGUAGUAUUACUGAAGAAAAUAGUAAAGAAAAAGUAACAAAUCAGCCAAAUACAUCGAAAGCUAUAGUACACAACACAAAUCGUUUAAAAGACGAAAAAGAGAUAGAAAUACCUACAAUGUCAGCAUCUAGAUAUGAAGACAAUUGUCAAGCUGUUCAAAAUAAUAGCUAUUCUAAGGUAUGCACAGGCAUAACUGAAGAAAAUUAUCUGACGCGUGUUAAGAAUGAAUUUCGGACUACAGAAUGUAUCUUGACUGAGGACAAUGAAGAUUGCCGUUAUUUCAAAGCGGACAAUGAAAAAUCUGAAAAAUUCUCUAAUUUCUUAGAAUCUCUGGAAUUAGUGGAAAAUAGUUCCUUAGAAGACAUAAUAGAGAGCUUAGGAGGUCAAGUUAUAUCUUCAAUGCCAAAAGCUAUGGCACCUCCUUUACCAAAACGUAAACACUCAACUAGCCCAUUGUCGGAUAUAUUGUUAAAUAACUCGAAUAAUAACAAUGAUGGUCAUAAAAAAGUACUAAACAUACCGAAUGAAGAUGUUUUGAAUAGUAUGAAGAAAAGGAAACUUCUUGGACCUAAAAAGCAAAGGCUACAAGCAAACACAUGUGCUCCGCAAGGACUAUUAAAUGGAGAAAAUUUUGUUAUGCCUCUAAGCCCAGAAAGUGAUGUGUCCGCGACCAGUGAAAAAAUACCAUCAUCGAAUCUAAUUAAAGAAGAUAAAGGCCGGCAUAGAAGCAGUCAGCGUUAUUCAAGUGAUGACUUAUACAAACCACGUCCAUUAUUUGCAAGUUCUUCUCGCAGAAGUAGAAGAUCUAACCAGGCAUAG